UAUCUUUUGCGGUUCUGUUUCCCUCGUGUGCUCCAAUCUUAUAUUUCUUAAAUGUUUCUUAAAGCAUACAGACAGAAAAGCAGCACGGCACUGAAGGGUUCGGAGAGCAAAAAGCUGCGUCAGAGGUUACAACAAGCGUUUUCACACAUACCAAUCGAACAGCUCAUACCUGCAAAAGCAAACGUAACGCAGCUAAAGCUUUUGACACAUGGCGGUUCGCAGACUACAGUUUUCUGUGUGGACAAACAGCCUAUGUUCUUCGAGCUAGAAGAGCAGCCCGAAUCUGCAACAUCAGGGCAGCUAGUGCCCACGCUAUAUACCAUUUGGUCUACGCCAAACAUUCUGCCAUUUUUCACAACAUUCGAGGGUGUACUACCCAAGCUAUCAAAUGGAGCUGAUUUAAUGCUGCCGGGUGUAGUGCCCAUGGGCACCGGCCUUAGUAUGUAUGGACACUAUAAAAAGGGACAGCUGGUGGCUGUAAAUUUGACCAAUAACAGCUCUGCAGUUGGAGUAGGUCAGUUAGCUCGCUCCAGUGAUGAGUUGUACAUGUGUGGUGGUCAUGGAGUUGCAGUUAAGAUGCUGCACAUGUUUGGCGAUAAGCUCUGGGGUCAUGAGCCUAGCCUUACUCAACAGAUACCGACAGUGAAGACAAAGUCUCAGCUAACACCGGACAAUUUUCCAGCGCUGGGCACGACAGACCAUCCUAAGAAGAUGCAAAAAGCUUUGCCCGUGGCAGCGACAGCAGAAAUUGAAGCAGAAAUGACUAAAGCUGCUAUUGUAGAGCCAUUAGUACCCUCCGAAGAAACGCACAUAAGCUCAGAGCAAAGGGAGUGCGCAGAUAAUACACCGUCAACAUCAACCAAUGACGAAACGCCGGAAGGGUCCCCGGAAACAACUCUUAAAAAUGCAUUUCUGGCUGCGCUUAAGAAUAAUGGGAAAAAACUACCACUGCCAUUGCUGACGAGUAACUUUUAUCGCUUAUAUGUUGUUCCUGAGGCUGGUGAACAGCUCGACCUAAAGAAGACACGUUACAAAAAACUGUCCAAUUUUCUUGCCGAAAUGGUGGACCAGGGAUUCCUUGUGGUACGCGAGGAGAGCAAGGGCGUAGAUAAAAUCACAUCGGUGGAUUUGGAACAUCCCGAGGUGGUCAACUUCAUUACGGACGUCAAGCCUAAUGAAGCUAACAAUGGCACAGCAUCGGAGACACCACUUUUCCAUUCCGAGCUGAAGGAGUUGUAUGUGGUCACAGAUGCCACGGCUGCAUUCUUUACGAAAAUGAACUAUAAACGUGGCGAGGGCAUUCCGGUGGGUCAGAUUAAGAAAAUUGUACGCGAAUAUGUGAGCAAGCAUGGUCUUCUAAAUUCGCAAACUAAACUGGUGAAAUUAGACGACACAUUGCAGGAACUGUGCGAAUGUCAGGAGGGCACUCUAGUUACAAUUACUUCCAUUGUGACCAGCAAGAUGGAGCAUUCAUUUCAAAUGUGCAGUGGAAAGGAUACGAGUGGAAAACCUCUUAUACAAAUGUCCUUAGCCACGCGAUCCGGCAAUAAGAAAGUUACCCUAGUCAGUAAUAUAGAAGCCUAUGGCAUUAUUCUCAGCGAAUUCAUCAAGCUGUGCAAACAGGGAGCUGCCGCUAGUACUACUAUUGUGAAACUGCCCCAUCAGAAGCACGAACAACUGCAAGUGCAGGGAAAUCAAGUUCGAUUUAUAUACACUCUACUUACGGAAACAUAUAAGGUGCCUCCCAAAUGUAUAUUGGGACUCGAACUGGCCAAGGAUGGAAAGAAGAAUAAACGAAAGUAAGUAAUUUACCACGAUUCGUGAUAUGUCCAUCCCUGCCCGUUGGGCAAUAAACUCUAGUGUGUACGUCUCCA